AUGUCCAAGAAGGACUUCCAUCCUUCUGCAUUUCGGAAUCUCAAAAUGGUGUGGGAAGCGAGGCAGAAGAAGUCAUUAGAAGAUAAACGACAGGAAGAACUGAGGGUUGCUUACGAAAAAGAACAAGAAAUUUUAAAUAACAAAGCUUUACUCGGAGAUGAGAAGGCAAAAAUGGGAUUGUCUUUCAUGUAUGAUGCACCAGCAGGAAUGACAAAACGAGAAGAACCAAAGGAAGAACCAAAAUUCGAAUGGCAGAGAAAAUAUCAAGCACCGCGUGAGGAUUGGGCAAAAGGAAACGAAGAAAUACAAGAUCAGCCAUUCGGAAUUCAAGUUCGUAAUGUUCGAUGCUGUAAAUGUCACAAAUGGGGUCACAUAAAUACUGAUAGAGAGUGUCCGUUGUUCGGAAAGUCUGGAAAUUUUGAAGAUGAAGGAUAUGCGAAUAAUCCAUCAGAUCUCAUCAAAGAUCUUCGCCGUCGACGACAAGACGGUAAAUCAGGACCACAGACAUCGAAAUCAGCAGCAGCCGGGGAUGAUGACGAGGAUGAAUGGAUGGAUCAUCAACAAUUGGCUAGUGACAUGCGAGAAGAACAUGGAAUCGUAUUGAAAGGAUCAGUUUUGGCUGGCAUGCAAACGGAUCAACAGUUGACACGAAUGAAGAAAGAAAAGACUGACGAGGAAAUGAUGUUGGAAUUUUUCAAUUCAAUGACUGACAAGGAAAAGAGAAAGUUGCAUAAGAAGUUGUUGAGUGGAGCAAAUUUAGAAGAUGUGAUGAAGAAAAAGAACAAAAAAGAAAAGAAAAAAGACAAGAAAGAUAAGAAAAAGGAUAAGAAGAAGAAGAAAAGUAAGAAGGCGGCAUCAAGUGAUUCAGAUAGCGAAGAAGAAUGGGCAGAGAAGUCUUCAUCUAAAAAAGUGAAAAAAGAGGUUGAAAGCUCUCCAGAUUAUCGUACCAAAAAGAUCAAGGAGGAGAUCGUAUCAGAUGAGGAGGAAAUAAGAGAUCGACAUGCUUCCAGAAAACGAGCUCGCAGUGAGUCGGAAUCACGGGAACGAUCGAGGAAACGAUCUACUGAAAGAAAAAAGCAGCGUCGACAUGAUUCCUCAUCAAGAUCUCCUGAAGUCAGUCGGAAAAGAUCACCCGCUAGAAAAGAAUCAACAAUGAGAUCUGAGAGAAAUCACUCUAAAUCAAUUUCGCCAAUACGUCGAACCCGUCGUUCUCCAUCUCCAGUUCGUCAACGUGUUCGGCAAGAUUCUAGAAGUGAAGGCUCUACUCGUAAAGAUGGACGUCGGCAUUCUCCUCCAACAUCAUCGCCUCCCAGAAGAAGAAGAACACCAUCACCUCCUAGGAGACAACGAUCACCUCAAUCUGCUAGAAAGCAGCGAUCACCAUCACCUCCCAGAAGACAUCGCUCGCCAUCUCCUCCUAGAAGACAGCGAUCACCCACUCCUCCUAGAAGACAGCGAUCACCGUCUCCUCUUCGUGGUUCUCGCACUUUUGAUAAAUCAUCAACUGACAAUCGUCGGAAUGGACGUCGUCAUGAUUCAUCUUCUGCUUCACCUCCACGGAGACGUCGUGUUGAUUCAAGAUCACCCGUGAAAAGUCGUGACGGUUCUGAAUCUCCAAAAAUGUGGUCAAAGAAUCGUCGGAACAAUUCGGAUUCAGAGAAGAACGCGGAGCCAAGACGUCGUCGCAGUCCAAGUUAA